AUGCCCACCAACGCCGCUCCCACAGCAGACCUCGUCGCUUCCUCCCUCUUCGACUGUUCCGGUCUCGUUGCCGUCAUCACCGGUGGUGGAACGGGUAUCGGUCUCAUGAUCGCCCAGGGACUCGCCGCGAACGGUGCCAAGGUCUACAUCAUCGGUCGUCGUAAGGACGUUCUCGAAACUGCGGCGAAGGAGCACGGAUCCGACACGAAGGGUGAGAUCAUCCCCCUUGUAGGCGAUAUCACGGAUAAAGCGCAGAUCGAGGAAUUGGCGCGCCAGAUCAAGGAGAAGGAAGGACAGGUUAACUUGCUUGUCAACAAUGCCGGUAUCUCGGGUCCUACUGGAAAGGCAGAGGGUAAGGACGCGGAAGAGUUCAAGAAGAAUCUUUGGGGACAGGAGUUCAGUGAGUGGAAUGAUGUCUGGAACACCAAUGUCGCUUCGCACUACUUCACCACCAUCGGAUUCCUUCCCCUCCUCGAGGCGGGAACGAAGUCGAAGACUGGAUUCUCUUCGUCGAUUAUCAACAUUUCUUCGAUUUCUGGGUUGACGAAGGACCACCAAUCCCACUUCGCGUACAACUCCUCCAAGGCCGCAUCGAUCCACCUCACCCGCCUCAUGGCAAAAGAGUUCGCGCCUCUCAAGAUCCGCGUGAAUACCAUCGCUCCUGGUGUCUUCCCCUCGGAGAUGACGACGGAUGAGUCCGAUGACAGGAAUGUCUCCGUGUAUGACAAGGAAAUGGAGAUUCCCGCCGGAAGAGCUGGCGAUGUCAAAGAGAUGGUUGGGACGGCGUUGUAUUUGGCGAGUAAGGCUGGGUUGUACACGAAUGGUGUUAUUAUUCCGGUUGAUGGUGGGUUUUUGUUGAGUGGACCUUCCGCUUACUAA